AUGACAGCAGAUGAGUUGGUUUUCUUUGUGAAUGGCAAAAAGGUGGUGGAGAAAAAUGCAGAUCCAGAAACAACCCUUUUGGCCUACCUGAGAAGAAAAUUGGGGCUGAGAGGGACAAAGCUGGGCUGUGGAGAAGGCGGCUGUGGGGCUUGCACAGUGAUGCUUUCCAAGUAUGAUCGUCUCCAGGACAAGAUCAUUCACUUUUCUGCCAAUGCCUGCCUGGCCCCCAUUUGCUCCUUGCACCAUGUUGCCGUGACAACUGUGGAAGGAAUCGGAAGUACCAAGACGAGGCUGCAUCCUGUGCAGGAAAGAAUCGCCAAAAGCCACGGCUCCCAGUGUGGGUUCUGCACCCCCGGCAUCGUCAUGAGCAUGUACACGCUGCUUCGGAACCAGCCCGAGCCCACUGUUGAGGAGAUCGAGGAUGCCUUCCAAGGAAACCUGUGCCGUUGUACAGGCUACAGACCCAUCCUCCAGGGCUUCCGGACCUUCGCCAAGGAUGGUGGAUGCUGUGGAGGAAAUGGGAACAACCCAAACUGCUGCAUGAACCAGAAGGAAGACCACAAUGUCAUUCUCUCGCCAUCUUUAUUCAACCCAGAGGAAUUCAUGCCCCUGGAUCCCACCCAGGAACCCAUCUUCCCCCCAGAGUUGCUGAGGCUGAAAGACGUUCCGCAGAAGCAGCUGCGUUUCGAAGGGGAGCGUGUGACCUGGAUCCAGGCCUCGGCCCUGAACGAGCUGCUGGACCUCAAAGCGCAGCACCCUGAGGCCAAGCUGGUGGUGGGGAACACGGAGAUUGGCAUUGAGAUGAAGUUUAAGAAUCAGCUGUUUCCUGUGAUCAUCUGCCCAGCCUGGAUCCCUGAGCUGAAUUCAGUGGAGCAUGGACUGGAGGGUAUCUCCUUUGGAGCCGCUUGCUCCCUGAACUCUGUGGAAAAGACCCUGCUCGAUGCGGUUGCUAAGCUUCCCACCCAGAAAACAGAGGUGUUCAGAGGCGUCCUGCAGCAGCUGCGCUGGUUUGCCGGGAAGCAGGUCAAGUCUGUGGCGUGCAUUGGAGGGAACAUCAUCACAGCCAGCCCCAUCUCCGACCUCAACCCUGUGUUCAUGGCCAGUGGGACCAAGCUGACCAUCGUGUCCAGAGGCACCAGAAGAACGGUUCCGAUGGAUCACACCUUCUUCCCUGGCUACAGAAAGACCCUGCUAGGUCCAGAGGAGAUACUGCUCUCCAUUGAGAUCCCCUACAGCAGGGAGGGUGAGUUUUUCUCAGCAUUCAAGCAGGCCUCCCGGAGAGAAGAUGACAUAGCCAAGGUGACCUGUGGCAUGAGAGUCCUGUUCCAGCCAGGAACCACGCAGGUAAAGGAGCUGACCCUUUGUUAUGGUGGAAUGGCGGACAGAACGAUCUCAGCCCUCAAGACCACACAGAAACAGCUAUUGAAGUUCUGGAAUGAGAAGCUGCUGCAGGACGUGUGUGCAGGCCUGGUGGAGGAGUUGCCCCUGUCCCCAGAUGCCCCAGGUGGCAUGAUUGAGUUCCGGCGCACCCUCACCCUCAGCUUCUUCUUCAAGUUCUACCUGACAGUGUUGCAGAAGCUGGGCAAAGAGGACUCAGAAGAUAAGUGUGGUAAACUGGACCCCACCUAUUCCAGCGCCACCUUACUCUUUCACAAAGACCCUCCGGCCAACAUCCAGCUCUUCCAAGAGGUGCCCAAGGGUCAGUCUGAGGAGGACAUGGUGGGCCGGCCCCUGCCCCACCUGGCCGCGGCCCUGCAGGCCUCUGGUGAGGCUGUGUACUGUGAUGACAUCCCUCGCUACGAGAAUGAGCUGUUCCUCCGGCUGGUCAUCAGCACCCGGGCCCAUGCCAAGAUCAAGUCCAUUGAUAUUUCAGAAGCUCAGAAAGUGCCAGGCUUUGUUUGCUUUCUCUCCGCUGAUGAUAUUCCUGGGAGUAAUGAAACUGGACUUUUUAAUGAUGAGACAGUCUUUGCAAAGGAUAAGGUGACUUGUGUUGGGCACGUCAUUGGUGCUGUGGUCGCCGACACCCCAGAACACGCACAGAGAGCCGCCCAUGGAGUGAAAGUCACCUAUGAGGAUCUCCCAGCCAUUAUCUCGAUUGAGGAUGCUAUAAAAAACAAUUCCUUUUAUGGAUCUGAGCUGAAGAUUGAGAAAGGAGACCUCAAGAAGGGGUUUUCGGAAGCAGAUAAUGUUGUUUCAGGCGAGUUGUACAUCGGUGGCCAAGAGCACUUCUAUCUGGAGACUCACUGUGCCAUUGCUGUUCCGAAAGGCGAGGCAGGGGAGAUGGAGCUCUUUGUGUCCACACAGAAUGCCAUGAGUACCCAGUCCUUUGUUGCAAAAAUGUUGGGGGUUCCAGUAAACCGGAUUCUGGUCCGAGUGAAGAGAAUGGGAGGAGGCUUUGGAGGGAAGGAGACCCGGAGCAUCAUGAUGACUGUGGCUGUGGCCCUGGCUGCAUACAAGACUGGCUACCCGGUGCGCUGCAUGCUGGAUCGUGAUGAGGACAUGCUGAUAACUGGCGGCAGACACCCCUUCUUGGCCAGAUACAAGGUUGGCUUCAUGAAGACAGGGAAGAUUGUGGCUCUGGAGGUGGAUCACUACAGCAAUGCCGGGAACAGCCAGGACCUCUCUCUUGGUAUAAUGGAACGAGCUCUACUCCACAUGGACAACAGCUAUAAAAUCCCCAAUGUCCGGGGCACUGGGCGGCUGUGCAAGACCAACCUGCCCUCCAACACGGCCUUCCGGGGCUUUGGGGGGCCCCAGGCAUUGUUCAUUGCCGAGCACUGGAUGAGUGACGUCGCAGUGACCUGUGGGCUGCCUGCAGAGGAAGUACGGAGGAAGAACCUGUACAGAGAAGGGGACCUGACACACUUCAGCCAGAGGCUUGAGGGUUUCAGCUUGCCCAGGUGCUGGGAUGAAUGCCUGAAGAGCUCUCAGUAUCACGCCCGGAAGUGUGAGGUUGACAAGUUCAACAAGGAGAAUUGUUGGAAAAAGAGAGGAUUGUGCAUAAUUCCUACCAAAUUUGGAAUAAGCUUCACAGUUCCUUUUCUGAAUCAGGCAGGAGCCCUGAUCCAUGUGUACACAGAUGGCUCUGUGCUGGUGAGCCAUGGGGGCACAGAGAUGGGCCAAGGUCUUCACACCAAGAUGGUCCAGGUGGCCAGCAGAGCUCUGAAGAUCCCCACCUCUAAGAUCUAUAUCAGCGAAACAAGUACUAACACUGUGCCUAACAGCUCUCCCACGGCUGCCUCUGUCAGCACCGACAUCUACGGACAGGCCGUCUACGAAGCCUGCCAGACCAUCCUGACAAGGCUGGAACCCUUCAAGAGAAAGAAUCCCAGUGGCUCCUGGGAAGACUGGGUCAUGGCUGCCUACCGGGGUACAGUGAGCUUGUCUGCUACCGGGUUUUACAGGACACCCAACCUUGGCUACAGCUUUGAGACGAACUCAGGGAAUGCUUUCCACUACUUCACCUAUGGGGUGGCUUGCUCUGAAGUGGAAAUUGACUGCUUAACAGGGGAUCAUAAGAACCUCCGCACAGACAUCGUCAUGGAUGUUGGCUCCAGUCUGAACCCUGCCAUCGACAUUGGACAGGUGGAAGGGGCAUUUGUCCAGGGCCUGGGCCUCUUCACCCUGGAGGAGCUACACUACUCCCCUGAGGGGAGCCUGCACACCCGUGGCCCCAGCACCUACAAGAUCCCUGCAUUUGGCAGUAUCCCCACUGAGUUCAGAGUGUCCCUGCUCCGUGACUGUCCCAACAAGAAGGCCAUCUAUGCAUCCAAGGCUGUUGGGGAGCCGCCCCUCUUCCUGGGCGCCUCCAUCUUCUUCGCCAUCAAGGAUGCCAUCCGCGCAGCUCGGGCUCAGCACACAGAUAAUAAUACGAAAGAGCUCUUCCGGCUAGACAGCCCCGCCACCCCGGAGAAGAUCCGUAAUGCCUGCGUGGACAAGUUCACCACCCUGUGUGUCACUGAUGUACCAGAAAAUUGUAAACCCUGGUCUCUGAAGGUCUGA